GACAGCCCUUGCCUGGGUUUAUGAGCCGCCGGUUCUAUCAGCCGCUGAAUUGUGCAGCUUCUGCGUCUGUGUAUAUAAAUCAUGGCCGGGGCCGCCUGAGUCGCAAUGCUUCUUGUAGUUUGCUGUUGCUCAAAUCAUUCCUCAUCGAAAAGAAGACAUGGCUCCUCGAAUCACCAAUGCCUAUGUCGUCGCCGUACUAGCCACCAUUGGUGGUCUGCUUCAAGGCUUUGAUGUCAGCUCGCUCUCCGCCAUCCUCGCAAGUCCUCAGUACAAGGCGUACUUUGGAACACCCAAUGCCGUCGCCCAGGGAGCCAUUACAGCGUCCAUGGCGGGCGGAUCACUACUUGGUUCCCUCUUUGCAUCGUGGACUGGUGACCGUAUUGGAAGACGCGACACUAUCGGUGCUGCUUGCAUCGUUUUCAUCUGCGGCUCUGCACUCAUGUCUGCCGCACAGAACAGGGCCAUGCUCGUUGUAUCCAGAGUCAUCAACGGCUGGGCGGUGGGCAUGCUCACAAGCCAGGGUCCGAUCUACAUUGCUGAAAUCAGUCCGACGCACCGCCGUGGCCAGCUUAUCUCGCUUCAACAGUGGAUGAUUACCUGGGGUAUUCUCAUCAUGUAUUACAUCUCCUACGGUACAUCCUUCAUCGGCUCCAAUGCAUCGUUCCGCAUCCCGUGGGGCAUCCAGAUGAUUCCCGCCAUGAUUCUCCUCUCAUGUGCACCACUAAUGCCACGAUCGCCACGCUGGUUAGCCAACAAGGACCGAUGGGAGGAAGCCCACGCAUCACUUGCCGCGUUGCGCUCUGGCGAUGAUCUGCAGGAUCCUGUGGUCCUCCACGAAAUGCAGCUAAUUCGAGAGAGGGUCGCUGAGGAGCGCAAGCAUGGCUCCGCGUCUUGGGCUGAGGUGUUUUCGCGCCGAAACAUUAUACGCGUCCAUGUAGCAGUCUUCUCGCACAUCUGGGCUCAGUAUAGCGGCACUAAUGCGCUUCUAUACUACAUCGUUUACAUCUUCCAGAUGGCGGGUUUAUCUGGCACCACUAACCUAACGAUUGCCUCUAUUCAGUAUGUCAUCAACACCGUCAUGACCCUGCCAGCACUCUUCUUCAUCGACAAGUUGCCACGCCGCCGCGUCAUGAUGUCCGGUAGCAUGGUCAUGGCGAUACUCUUAUUUGCGACAGGCGCCAUCAUGGCAACACAGGGACACGCUGUUCCUGGCGGCCUAGCUGGGAGUCCCAACAUUACCUGGGUUGUAGAGAACAGCGCAGCUAGCAAGGCUAUUAUUGUGUGCAGUUAUCUUUUCAUCGCAACAUUUGCCUGCACAUGGGGGCCUAUGGGCUGGGUCUAUCCAUCUGAAGUCAUCCCCCUUUACAUCCGAUCCAAGGCCGUUUCUCUGGCUACGGUUUUCAAUUGGCUCUGCAACUUUUCGCUCACUUUCAUGACUCCUGUUGCCUUUCAAAACAUACAGUGGCGCGUGUACAUGAUCUUCGGCACGCUGUGCGCCUGUGCUUUUAUUCAUGUAUAUUUAUUCUUCCAAGAGACGCGUGGUGUCGCUCUUGAAGAGGUAAACGCCAUAUUUGACAACAACACUUUUGCUUUUGGCAAGACAAAGCGGUCAGAGCUGGGAGGGCUGGAGGAAAGUGUUGAGAUUGCACUAUCAAAGGAAAAGAACAACCCUCUCUAAGGUAGACUUUAAGCAAUUUCUCAAUGGACAAUUUUUAUUAAUUU